UUUAUAGGAGUUAUAUUUCAUAUAACAAGGAUUUGAUUAUUUAUUUUAUUAUAUCGGUAACGCAGAUCCCGACUGUAUCAAGUUAUGUGAUAGUGGGAAAGAUUCAAAUUAUGUUCUAAAAAUGUGUAAAACUAAUAUAAACAAAUAAUUUGGUGUGUGAUUGUUGUUAGAGUGUUAAAAUUAGCACAAUGGAAUGCAUUAUACCGGGCACUAACAUGAAAGUUUUGGCUAAAGCCCUACAAGGAUUAUCAAGAGUGGGUGACGAACUGUUCAUUGAAGCCAAAAGCGACAAAUUUUCUCUAAUUACUUUGAAUUCGAGCAAGACUGUGUGCGCCAGGUUCAAUUUUUUUGACACUUUUUUCAGUAGUUACGAAAUCAACCAAGAUGAGUUACAAUCAGCCAGCAACGAAACAAUCAGUUGUAAAGUGCAUAUGAAAAUUUUCCUUCCAUUAUUUAAGGGCAACUUAGAGAAGAAGCUUGAUUAUUUUAAACUGGAAUACACAAGUGACAACGAUUUUAUAAUUGUUAAAAUGAAAUAUAAAUGUGAUGAGAUUGUAAUGGUGCACAAAUUACGAUUAAUGGAGACUGAAAUACUGUCAAUAGGGGUUUUAACUGAUUCAGGCUCUAACGACAUAGCAGCAUCUAGUUCUUUCUUUAGCCAGUUUUUAACAAUGUUCAGUGGAUCAGAUGAUGAAAUCACGUUUGAAAUCAACAAGUCAAAAAUUGUAGCUCGAAAUUAUUGCCUAGGAACGCCCUGUCGUCCAAAAAUGAUGCGUACUCAAAUCAAUUUAAAUUCCACUGAGUUUAUAUUAUAUAGAAUUAUGAAGAACACUUCCAUUAAUUUUUCUUUAAAGCCGCUGCGCACCUUGGUACAUUUUGCAGAAAAUUUUAAUUUGAGUGUAGAUUUUAAUUUUGAAGUUGGAGGAAAACCAUUGGCAAUGGUUUUAAAAAAUCCCACGUUUGAGGUUAAUUUUAUAGUGGCAACAAUGGAUCCAUAUACAGAUUCAAGUUCUUCAGUAGCCACUACGUCAGCUCAAAAGAAACCAGACAAUGUUGCGGAUGAUGUUUUUGAAGAUAUGGAAGCAGAGAAUUGGGAAAACAACGAUUUAUCGAGUAAAGAAAGUAGUUUUGUUGAACUGAUGAAAAAAGCCAAGAAUGAUACAGAGAAAGAGAAUUUGGAUAUUGUGCCGAAGUCGCCCGAGUCUCCGCGAACCAAAAAAGCGAAGACGGUUUUCGGGCGUUGUUACGACCCGACUUUCCACGAAACGAUUCUGGGGGAAGUUUUGGCUGCCAAUAGUGACUCAGAAUGAGGUUUUGCUUACCAGUUCAUCAGCCGGCGGGUCGGUCCAGAAAUGGUCUGGGGUUUUGGUCCUGGAAUAAUCCAGAGCACAGGGUCCUACAAG